GUCCGCAAUUUAUCUGUUCAAUUGCAAUUGAGAACGAGCCAACUCACGCCUGACAACCCAGCCCAAUAUCCACCUCAGCCAUGAGUAAGUCCAGCGCGUCAAACUUCAUUGUGAUCUUGGUUUUGGCUAUGGUCGUGAGCCAGUGCGUGUCUCAGACCUUUCACUACAGUCAUGGUUGGACCAAUGGGAAGCGAAGUGGACCGCCACCCUCCUUGGGGUCCAACUCAUUCCGCCCGGAGAGUCCUUAUAAAUCCGAGCAGCUCCUUCAGUUGUUAAAUGAAGUGGAACCCUUGAAACCUGUCAAUAUUGAAAGUCCAUUGAUUCUUCUCCCGGUGUCCAAUGGAGGUCAAAUGGCCUCGUACAAACUUUAUACGAUGGACGCUAACAAGUUACUGACCGAGAACGAGAAUUAAAUGGUCUAUUUGAUCCCGGCAAUGACACCAUUAUCCGACCAACUGGCGAACGAUUGAUUGAUUGACUGCUUGAUUGAUUGUUGAUUUUCGUUCCAAGCAAUAACGAUGUUAGAUGUUCCAAAGUGUUGCUUACUUACAAGUAAAGUAUGAUGGCUCAUGGGCGCAAUUGCAAGUACACAUGAUAGAUAUGCAGAGAAUGACUUUAUAACCGAUGAGGACAACAAUUCAGCACUCAGGAGGGCCUCACUCACGAUCUACAACCAAUCAUCACACCUGUCAUUAUCAUAAACCCGUCGGAUCCACAUUUCGCCCAAGCCAAAGUCAAAUCAACCCUAGAACCAUUUUGCUCCACUCCUCUCGUCCGAGGAACUUUGGUGGUUCUCAGGAGUCAAGCACUACAGUAGUAGUCAUCACUAUGAACAUGUAAACUUAACAUCCUCAACUGCAAGAUCAACUAACCACAAUACUCGUCAGUCCAAAAGACAACAAAAAUACUGCGUUGCUCCAGCUUCGAAUUUCGUUUGUUUUUUAUCCGAGAUUCCGGCAGAUCCUUUUGCUCAGUGAAGAAGCAGUGCUGAAAAUUGGUUGAUUGACAUGGGUUGUGUCUCUGUGUUUGGCAUUAUUCAUUAUAUCGUUUGUUCUCCCAUGACUCGACUUUGAACCUCGUUUCAUGCUCCUUAAUGUCCCAUUUCGACACAUGUUUUUUGAUAUCGGAAGUUUGGGGAAAUAAAACUCCUUCUUACGUU